CGACGGCGCUGGAAUGUCCGCUUGGUGGCUGGACUUGAGGGAGUAGUGGAUUCUUUAUUUUGACUUCUAGGACCUGCAUGGUUUCUAUUGUCUUAAUUUCUUCAGAAACCCCAAACGCGAAAGGUCGUGCAUGUCUGCCAGGUGGUACAUGAUGAGAUCGAAAUCCCGUACUGCUUGCUGCUGUGGCACAACAUCACGUCACGAUGACUGCAAAAAGCGGGUUUUCAUGUGCACAGCAAGGCAAUAUACGGCGGUGGUGGUCUAUUCCGAUGCAUCUACGCUAUAUGCUAUAUGUGCGGGUUUCUGCCUUACUGAUAUAGACUGGUGGGAUGGGUAGGUAGGUGCUGGUUGUUCGAUCCCAAAAGGCGCCAGAUAUAGAUGUCUGCAAGUGAAGCGAGAAGAGAGAUGGGGAAAAUGAGGGAAAAAAGGAAGGAAAAGAUCGGGUGUUACGCCAUCUACAUCGUCGGCUGCCCGUCUAUCCAUACCGUCGUUACUUCUUCUCCUCGAGAGCCCGUUUAAU